AUGCCGCCCGGUCCGGUCUUUCAUCUGAACUUUCCUCCGACAUCACCUCCGAGGCCAUCUUUCAACGUCCAGACUGUCAGCGAACUACCCGUGUACCUUGUCCCUUACCUUAAUGGGUCAGCACACAACACCACCACCACCACCACCACCACCACCACCGUCAAAGGAUAUACUGCAGCUGUAAACUUCACAAGGGUCCCCUUGAGAGACCCAACCACCGGCACGAUAGCGUCCCAACUUCGUAUCCAGUCUAUCCUCUCCCCUGCCGAUCCACCGGACAUUGAUGAAACUUCGCCAACCGAUUCUGCUCCAAAACGAAAGUAUAAAGACGCCUUUGCCGUGCCGGUCUCCGGCGAACCGCCCUCCAUACUUCCCGCCGAGUCGGCUAUAGCACCCAGGUUUUAUCCCCACGACCGGUUACCAAACAUUCGCCAGCCGCUGCCUCAUAGCUCACCGCUCGCUACCGGGGGUGGCGGGCUUCGCAGGCACGGCCAAACACCUGAGGAUGCCAACAAGGUCUCGAUGACCUCCGCGAGUAUGGCGCCCACCCCCGAGAGCCCUGCGAGCCCUGGCAAGCCUGAUCUGAAGAAGGGAGCCAAGCGCACCCCUUUGCGCUCAAGUAUCGCCUGUCAACGCUGCCGAAAAUCCAAAAUCAAGUGCAACAACACGGGCGGUGAUGCGCCUUGCGAUACCUGCAUUCGAAAUGGCAAAGAAUGCAUCUACCCUGACGUGUUGCCCGCUCCCCCAAAGCGGGCCGAACCACCAGCUGGUGUGAAGUCGGAGCACGGUUCCGAGCGGAAGCGGCCGAGAAGAAUUGAUGAUAUUGCCAAGCUAGAAAGCGCUGUUCCGCCUGCCGCCUUUGCCGAAGAAGUUCUCACAGCUCCUUACCUUACCGAAAGUGUUUGGUCAGAGAUAUUUGAUCUGUACAAACUUCACUUCGCCACCGAGCUGCCCUUCCUCCACUUGGCAACCCUCAAGGAGAAAAUGGGAAACAGGUUCAGAGCCAAGCAGAGCGACAUAUCUCCAGAGAUAAACCUCGUGCUUCUAGGAGUCUUGACCCUGACAGUACGCUUCAACCCCACGCUGGUGUCCUACGUCACAACACUCAGGACUGCUUCUACUGUAUCGAGUGGUCCAAAGUCGCGCCAGCUGGGCGUCAGUAACGAUGCCACGGCCGCCUCCGAGUUCUAUGCCGAUGUUCUCACAAAGGCUCUGGGUGGACUUAGAGCAAGCAUGAACAUGGCAUCUGUUGAAAGGGUUCAGGCCUUCCUAAUGCUAGGGUUGUACGAAUGGGGGCAGGCGCGACCCAAGGUGGGCGGCAUGGCGGCAUGGAUGUAUGUCGGCAUGGCCAUUCGUAUGGCUCAAGCUCUAGGUUUGGGCGACGGCGAUAAAGAGGCCAGCAAGGCGUUCAGAUCCAGACCUUUGGAGGGCUCCAAACUGUCCAUGUCAAAAUCGCAACUCAUCAUCGCCAAGGAAAUCAGGCGUCGCACCAUGUUUAGUUGUUUGAUAUUGGACCGUUUGUUGGGCUGUGGCAAGGGACGUGCAUCGACAAUACGCUCCGAGGACUUUCGGAUCCAACUUCCCUGUUCUGAAAUGUCGUUUGACCUAUCCGAAGAUGUCUAUACCGGUUUUCUCAACCCUACGGCCCAAGAGAUGGCGAGAGGCCCCAUUUCUGACAGUGCCGAUAGCGUCCUAAGUCGCUUCAUCCGACUCGUUGAUAUUUGGGGCGAGAUAUCGAAAUGGAGCUUUGCCGGUGGGCGCUUUACAGAACAACAUGCUCCCUGGACCCGCGAAACAACAUUCUUCCAGCUCCGGAUGAAGCUCGAGACGUUCUAUAGCGAACUACCCGAGCGGUUUUGCUGGUCGAGGAGCAACUAUUACAAGCACGAGAACCACCAUGCCAGCAGUGUCUACGUCUCGCUACACAUGCUAGGUGCGGUGUGCAAAAUCAUGCUCCAUCGCGAGUACAUACCGUUCAUUGCCAUUCGAUGCAAGAAGCCAGUUGGUCCUCUCGAUGAGCCUACUUUUGCCGAGGGCGAUGAGCCGCCGGGAUUCUGGAACGAAAGCGCUGAAGAGAUCUUCAAAGCCGCCAGAGACAUUGUUGAUCUUAUCGAUAUUUCCCAACAGAAACUUCCCAUGUCGACCCUCGUUUUGUUCGCAGUUUGGACAGCUGCCUUUGUCGGCAUAUAUGCUGUUUACUUUCCGCACAUCGAUGCUGAACGCCACAUGCUUACACCAGCGGAGGAGGAUUCGAGGAUCGAAUUGGAAGAGAUCAAGAAGGGGCCGACGGACUUGACGUACAAGACACUACAGCAAAUGGGCAAAUGGCUCAAGAUGGCGGACACAUACGUGCAAUACUUUCACGAUAUGGUACGGUACUACGACACGGUAAAAAAGGACUACGAAACUGCAGCAAGGACAGCGGGCGGACCAGCCGGUGAGGCUAAAAUCAACGUUCGCCUUCUUGGUGGCGGCUUAGAGGAGUGGAAACACCAAGGACUGAAGGUCGUCAACAAUGGCGAAAUCCUGGCGGUUGAUGAUGACCGACACUCUCGUGAUAGCACGCUCGAACCAAGAUCCAGGCAACAAGACAGCCAUCAUACGGACCACGCCAAAACCCCAAGGUCAACUUCACUCUCCUUCACGCCUAUCAACACGACACAUCACCACCACCAGCACCAUCCGUCGGUGGAUUCAUCCCAAACGCCUGAUGGUGAAAACAUCUCUUGGCACCACCCACAAUACCAGCGUCCCGUCACCGGCGGCAUCCCCAGCACCAGCAGUCAACACCAGUCCCCGUCCCAAUCAUCCUUCGCAGCCCCAAGUCCGCAGUUGGGGAUUAUCAAGCAAGCAUUAGGUCCGCCACCGCCACCACCGGGGCCUGCUGUCUCAGGCUCCGGUGCAGGAGCCUCGAUAUCAACAUUGCCCAACAUACCGAUGUAUAACUCUUCAAACGAGGUGAUGCAGUAUAUCCAGGAAAACCAGAGUAUACCCUGGAAUCAGUUACCAGGCGGCGUCGACCACUUCGCGCACGGGACCGAUAAUUUCUGUUUUAGUGAGACGGGCAAUGGGUUUUGGGGGUCGAUGCCGGAUGUCGUAGCUGCACAUGAUUAUGUGCCGCAACCGAUCGUUGGGGUGGGCGGAGAGCAGGGAGCUGGGUGGAGUGGGUGUAUGUGA